AUGCUUAUUGUUCCAAUGGCGUCAAUAUUGGUUGUUCUUUGGUCUUUGUUAGUUUGCACAGUAAAUUUGGGUUACGGUGAUCAUAUUCCUCCGCGUUAUACGAUAAAUUUGGAUUUCCCUCCAGAAAGACGUUGGAAUGAGGUUAUCGAUGAUCACAAAAAAUUGAUUCCGGCAGUUAUUGAAGAAAUCCGCCAUUACGUACCAAAGUUGUUACGCCCAAUUCUAUGGUGGAUUGAUGAGAACAUUUUGCUGAAAAGGCUUCCGGAAGAAUAUGCCCGAGAAAUGCGUGGUAUUGCAGCACGAAGUGACCUUAGUGUUGGUGAGGUGUUAGGUAUAAACAUUCUGUACGACAUUUCCGCUUUCGAUCGUAAACAUAUAUUAGCAAACAUCGGAUGCACAUCUAUUGUUGCAGAAGAUCAUAAAGGUCGAAUAAUUCAUGGUAGAAAUUUGGACUAUGUAAUGACUUCACUUAUUCGAAACUUAACAAUUAUUGCUGACUUUACACGGGGAGGAAAUAUACUUUAUACUGCGGUAACUUUCGCAUUAAAUGUUGGCAUAUAUACUGGACAAAAGCAUGGCUUAUUUUCGAUCAGUGUCAAUGAACGCUUUUCUGGAAGUUACAUCGAUACAGUUCUAAUGGAAUUUUAUACUCAAUUCAAAAAACCGCUGACGCUUAUUAUACGGAUGGCUCUUGAAGAGAAAAACACAUUCAAAGAAGCAAAGGAAAUGCUGAUGAAUGAACAUUUUAUAGCUCCAUCAUACUUGAUCAUAGCUGGCACCAAAGCACGACAGGCCUGUAUUAUAACGAGAGAUCGCUGGAAGACCGCAGAUCUGGAAUGUAUCGAUUCACAAAAAGGUCAAUGGUUUUUAGUGGAGACCAAUUUUGAUCACUGGAAGGUCAAUAAGGACAAGCGUCGAAAAACAGCGGAAAAAGCCCUUCAACGGAUUGGUAAACAUGCUAUAACAUAUAAGAAAAUGCUCCAUAUUCUCUCACUUCAUCCAGUUGAAAAUAAUUACACGAUUUUCUCUACAGUGAUGUCACCGUUAAACCAAUCCGCUUUGUACGAUUAUACUGUUGUUCGAGAGUAA